AUGGCGAAACCAGUUCUUCAAUCUCCAACAAACCCACAUUUCUUUCAACCUCUUCUUCCCGGCUUCCACUCCGACCUCAGUAUUCCGGUGAAGUUCUUCUCUAAAUACAUAGAAGGACGAAACAAGAAAAAUAUGGUGGAGCUUAAGUCGGACGCGUGUGAGAAAACUUGGAAAGUUAAGAUGGAAGGUCGGAAACUCACCGUCGGAUGGAAAGAUUUCGCCGACGCACACGAUUUCCGAGUCGGAGAUAUCAUCAUUUUUAGACACGAAGGAGAUAUGGUGUUCCACGUCACUGGUCUUGGACCUAGUUGCUGUGAGAUUCAAUAUGUAGAUGACAACAUCAGAAACUUGUCAACAAAGCAAAAUCUAAAAACAGAACCAGAUCAGUCUUCACCAGACGAUGAUGUUAAAGUCAAAGACAACAUGGGAAAGUUUCCGAGAAAUAAACAUGCCAAGAAAAGGAAUCUUGAAGCAGAAGCAGAGUCUUCUUUUUCAUCAGAUCAGCCUUGUUUGGUUGUACGUGUAACAGAUUCGAACCUACAAUAUGAUAGGCUGUAUCUUCAAAAGAAGUUUGUUAGGCCCGAAGGUCUGAAUAAAGGAAGCCACAAGAUUGUUCUAAUGGAUGAAGGAGGAAGGACAUGGACGUUUAAUCUGAGGUUUAGAGAGUCAAAUGGAACAUUUUACAUGAGGUGUGGCUGGAGAAGUUUCUGCAACGAUAAUGGGCUCAAACCCGGAGAUACUGUCACGUUUAAACAAGAGAGAAACAAUACGAAAACGCCUCUUCUCCGCUUCUCCACUUGUGUGGAAUCAAAGCGUGUUUCCACAAAACAUAGCAGCAAAGAGAAGAAGAUUAAAACCGGUGAAGGUAGUCAAAGUAGAGCUGCACUAAGUGAAAACCGAUUUGUGACACUAACUGUAACACCAGCGAGUUUCAAAGAUUCUAGACUUUAUCUUCCAGUGAACUUCACUAGGGUUCACAAGAUGGAAAAGGCAGGAGGGCAGGAGAUAACUCUUUUGGACAAGCAUGGAGUAGAGUGGCCAGUGUAUCUAUACAUGGAAAAGAGAUAUAUGAGGUUGCGUUUUGCUUCAGGGUUGAAAGAAUUCUUCGAGGCUCUUGGCGUUAAGGCAAACGAAUCUUUUGUGUUGGAGUUGGUUUGGGAAGACAAAGCAUCUCCUCCUAUGUUCAAGUUCUGUUCUAUGAUCAAGGCAUGA